AUGGAUACUUCGUGGAGCAAUUUCCUCUUUCAGUCACCAUCAACUCCAGGCCAGCAGGAGGCGCCCCUGCAAGCGGAGCUUCUGCCCGAUCUGAGCGCCGAUCACCUGGUCACGCCCCCUUCCACUGUGGAUACGGCUGCCCUCAGCGAGGAACCGCUUCCUGUGAAAGUUUCGCCACCCAAACCGUCACGCCCCGCCCACAUUUGCGCGACAUGCAACAAGGAGUUCAAGAACAGCUACAACCUGCGGCGCCACCAGUCGGUCCACACGGGCGUCAAGAUGAAGGAUCGAGCCACCCGCGAUGAGGGCAAGCCCCCUCCUAAACAGAGCAUCCCCCUCUCCCUCCUCCAGCUCACCCUGCCCCCACAGGCCCCGGAGCCGGACGCCCUCCCCAAUACCGGACAACAGGUCACCGUUGCCCCGGUGACUGUCACCCCAGUGACGGUCGUACCAGUGAGCGUUGCGCCGGUGACCGUUGCUGUGGCCGCACCGCUCCCACUGCCCACCCCGGCAGCGACGGUGAGCGCCGUGGAGCAGGACGCCAUCCCCCCCGUCGCCACGCCGCCUGCCAACCAGGUUCGCAAGAACCACGCGUGCGAGGCUUGCGGAAAAGCCUUCCGUGACGUCUACCACCUGAACCGCCACCGGCUGUCGCACUCGGACGAGAAGCCGUACUCGUGCCCUGUGUGCCAGCAGCGCUUCAAGAGGAAAGACCGCAUGAGCUACCACGUGCGAUCGCACCAGGGCGGCGUCGAGAAGCCCUACGUGUGCCCGCACUGCGCCAAGGCCUUCUCGCGGCCGGAUCACCUCAACAGUCACGUGCGUCAGGUUCACUCCACAGAGAGACCCUUCAAGUGCACGACGUGCACGUCGGCAUUCGCCACGCGUGACCGCCUGCGCGCGCACCUGAUUCGCCACGAGGAGAAGGUACCUUGUCACAUCUGUGGGAAACUCCUGUCGGCCGCCUACAUCACCGACCACAUGAGGGUCCACAACCAGUCGCAGCACCACGCCUGCCACCUCUGCAACCGAAGCUUCACCACGCUGACGUACUUGCGGGUCCACGCCCAGAAGCACCAUGGCCAGGAGUGGAAGGAGAGCGGCGGCGCCCGGGGCAGCUUCGGCGGCGCCGGGCCGGGCGGAGUACUCCUGUGCCAGCUGUGCGGCGUGCAGUGCAAGACCACCACCCAGCUACAGGGUCACAUGGGCACGCACGCCAACCAGGCGGAGAGCGACCCAGGCGGGGCCGGCCCCGUGGGCGACGCCCCUUCCAGUGGUGCUGGCGGCGGGAUGCUGAUGACUGACUGCUCUGGCAUUAGCGCACAGACGCACAGCUAG